GUCACUUUUACAGGAGAAAGAAGAGAAGCAGCAGCAGCUCUGGAGUGAACAUGACUGGCCGCUGGUGCGUCCUGGCACUCCUGGCGUUGCUAUGGCGAUGCGGAGGUGCUCAGCAGAGAGGUUUGUUUCCAGCAGUGCUGAAUUUGGCCUCCAUGGCUAAAAUCACAGCAAACGCUACGUGUGGAGAGAAGAAGCCUGAGAUGUUCUGUAAACUGGUAGAACACGUCCCGGGACAGCCGGUCCGAAACCCGCAGUGCAGAGUGUGUAACCUGAAGAGUGAUAGACCAUACGAGCGACACCCCAUCGAGUACGCCAUCGACGGCACCAACAAGUGGUGGCAGAGUCCCAGCAUAAAGAACGGCAUGGAGUACCAUUAUGUUACCAUCACUCUGGACCUUCAGCAGGUGUUCCAGAUAGCAUACUUCAUUUUAAAAGCUGCCAACUCCCCCCGGCCUGGAAACUGGAUUUUGGAGCGUUCCCUUGAUGGAGAGAACUUCACGCCAUGGCAGUAUUACGCCAUCACAGACACUGAGUGCAUCACACGCUUCAACAUCUCCCCCAGAACCGGCCCACCUGGAUACAGACGAGAUGAUGAGGUCAUCUGCACAUCCUUCUACUCAAAGAUCCACCCACUGGAGAAUGGAGAGAUCCACACCUCUCUGAUAAACGGCCGCCCCAGUGCAGACGAUCCCUCGCCGACACUCCUCAACUUCACGACCGCUCGCUACAUUCGCCUCAAGUUUCUCCGGAUACGGACCCUAAAUGCUGAGCUGAUGACCCUCGCUCUCAACGACCCCCUCGACAUCGAUCCCAUCGUCACCAGACGUUAUUAUUACUCCAUAAAGGAUAUAUCAGUUGGAGGGAUGUGCAUCUGUUAUGGCCAUGCCAAAGCCUGUCCACUCAACCUGAUCACCAAGAAACUGAGCUGUGAGUGUGAGCACAACACAUGUGGAGAGAGCUGUGACCGCUGCUGUCCCGGCUACAACCAGAAACCCUGGAUGGCUGGAACCUUCCUCACACGCCACGUCUGUGAGAAGUGUAACUGCCACGGCAAAUCAGAGGAGUGCUACUACAAUCAGACAGUGGCUGAUGGGAAACUGAGUCUGAACGUUAAUGGAGAAUAUGAAGGGGGCGGAGUCUGUAGAGGCUGCUCUGAAAACACAGCUGGAGUAAACUGCCAGUCCUGUACUGACGGUUAUUAUCGACCACGAGGAGUGAAUCCGGAGGAUCCUUACCCCUGCAGACCCUGCUCAUGUGAUCCUGAGGGCUCUAUCUCGUCUGCAUGCAUACCUGAUGAGACUCAGGCCAGCGGAGGUCUGUCUGAGGGCUGGUGCCGCUGUAAGCAGGGUUACACAGGUGAAAAGUGCGACAGGUGUGCUUUCGGCUACACUGGAUUCCCUGAGUGCCAGCGCUGCAACUGCAGUGUGUUCGGCAGCAUUAAUCAGGACCCCUGCCAGCUACCGUGUGUGUGCAAGGAUAAUGUAGAGGGGGUAAACUGUGACCGCUGUAAGAUGGGAUUUUAUAAUCUCCAUGGAGACGGUUUCCACGGGUGCGAGAAGUGUUACUGUUCUGGAGUGGCCAGCAACUGUGAGGAUUUGCUGUGGAAACGCAGCAAUUUAACUGAUAUGUCAGGCUGGUUUUUGACGGGUGCAGAAGGGGAGGGGCUUGUCUGGGCGAAUAGAAACACACCACUCCAAGUUUAUGUCAGCCAUAGAGAUGCCCAGCCGCACCUGGAAGCACCUUUCUUUUGGAGUGCUCCGCCCUCUUACCUGGGGAACAAGGUUUUGGCAUAUGGAGGCCGUUUAACCUACACCAUCUCGUGCUCCGUGGAGGAUAGUGAUGAAGCAAUCGAAUACGCCGGCAGCUCUGAUGUCUUAAUUGAGGGAGGUGGUCUUCGUCUGACGGGCAGUUCUGAAGCAGUUCUGGGAGGUCUGAGACAAGUCAUCCUGAGACCCAGGAGCUUCCAGCACUUGAUCUCAGGCCAGCCGGUCAGUAGGAGAGACUUCCUCACUGCCCUCGGGAGACUGAGCCGCCUGCUCAUCACUGCCUCCGGCUGCCAGGGAAACAGCGCCAUCUACAGGUUAGGGUCAGUGUCUGUUGAAGUUGCAUCUGAAGGGUCUAGUUCUGAUGUUCAGGCGUCAGCAGUGGAGGUGUGCACCUGUCCUUUUGGUUACAGCGGAACUUCCUGUGAGUCGUGUGCAGAAGGCUACAGAAGGAUCAAUGGGACGACGUACCAGGGAGUGUGUGAGCUCUGCCAGUGCCACGGACAUGCGGCACACUGUGAUGAGGUCACCGGAUACUGCCUGGGCUGUGAAGACCACACCACAGGCCCGCACUGUGACAAAUGUGCUCCUGGUUAUUAUGGUGACGCCACUAAAGGAACAGCCAGUGACUGCCAGCCGUGCGCCUGCCCCCUCAACGCUCCCUCCAACAACUUCAGUCCAACAUGUCACCAAGACGCCCGCGGUCAGAUGAUCUGCGACCGGUGCCAACCUGGAUACACAGGCCCUCGCUGCGACAGGUGUGAUAAUGGUUAUUUCGGUCGGCCCAGUGUGCUGGGGGGGUCCUGCAGGCCGUGUGAGUGUAACGAUAAUCUGGACCUCUCCGCUGACCGAAGCUGUGACCCUGUAACAGGUGAGUGUCUGCGCUGCCGCGAAGGAUACGGAGGACCGGUAUGCGACACCUGCGCGGAUGGUUACUAUGGAGACGCCAUCUUCGCCAAGGACUGCCAAUCUUGUAGAUGCAACAUUAACGGGUCAGUGUCGGAGGUGUGUAAUAAGCAAAAUGGACAGUGUGAGUGUCGGCAAAAUGCGAUUGGCCGCCAGUGUGAUGAAUGUAUGCCGAACUGCUGGUGGGACUCUGAGAGUCAGAUGUGUCGUGUGUGUGAGUGCAGCCCGCGGGGCAGUGUGUCUGGGCGGUGUGAUGCAGAGGGCAGGUGUGUGUGCAGGUCAGGCUUUGCGGGCCGCAGGUGUGAUAUGCAGGUGCAGCGGGUGGAGCGCAGAGAGAGCCGCAGGGUUCUGCAGCAGGUUCCUAUACGCACCCUCACACCGACAGUGGAGCGCAGGGUGGGCUGCCGUCAGGGGGCCUACCCCGCCAUCAAGCGGCCGGGAGCCCACAUGCUGCCCGGGGGGUGUGUGCCGUGCAACUGUAACUCGUUUGGCUCCAAAUCGUUUGACUGUGGUGAGAACGGUCAGUGCCGCUGCCAGCCUGGAGUGACCGGACAGAAGUGUGACCGCUGUGCCCCCGGACACUUCAACUUCCAAGAGGGAGGAUGCACACCCUGUCAGUGCGCUCAUGUAGGCAAUAACUGUGACUCGACUACAGGACAGUGUAUCUGUCCCCCAAACACAAUCGGGGAGAGAUGUGACAGAUGUGCCCCCAACCACUGGGGGUAUGAUAUCACCACCGGCUGCAAGCCGUGUGGGUGUAACGUGUUGGGGUCGGUCUCUCAGCAGUGUAACGUGAAUACGGGCUGCUGUACGUGUCAGGAACGGUUUGUAGGAGAGAAGUGCACUGAGUGUAAGCUCGGCUUCCGCAAUUUCCCACAGUGCAUGUCCUGCGACUGCACGCUGGCCGGAUCCACCGCGGACACGUGUGACUCGGACAGCGGUCUGUGCGCGUGCGCCGACCGCACCGGACAGUGCUCCUGCAAGGCUAAUGUGGAGGGUGUACGGUGUAGCUCAUGUAAGGCUGGUACUUUUGGACUGAGUGUCAGCAAUCCUCUGGGCUGCAGCCACUGUUACUGUUUCGGCAUGAGCCAGUCCUGCACUGAAGCACAGGGGCUUAUACGCAUGAGGUUGACGCUGAUGCCCGAGCAGACGGUGCUCCCCCUGGUGGACAGGACCAAUGUAAAGGAAACUACAGUCGGAAUGACGUUCCAGCACCCCGAGAUCAUCGCUAACGCUGACCUGGUCCGACAGGAGAUAACUGAACCUUUCUACUGGAGACUGCCCAAACAGUUCAGAGGCUCCAUGAUCACUGCUUAUGGUGGGAAGUUGAAGUACGCCAUCUACUAUGAGGCUCGUGACGAAACAGGCCAAACCUCCUACGAGCCACAGGUCAUCAUUAAGGGCGGCCCCAACAGAGACAAGGUCAUGGUCCGCCACAUGAGUGCGCCGCAGAUCGGCCAGCUGACCCGCCACGAGAUCGACAUGACAGAGCAUGAGUGGAAGCACCAGGACAACAGGCCAAUGACCCGAGAGGACUUUAUGGAUGUUCUCUUCUACAUCGAAUACAUUCUAAUCAGAGCCUCCCACGGCAACGUCAUGAGGCAGAGCAGGAUUUCAGAGAUUGCUCUGGUGGUGGCGGAGGAGGGCCGACCGUCAGUGGAGAGCGAGAGAGCGUUCCAGAUUGAAAAGUGCGACUGUCCUCAGGGAUACUCUGGACUGUCCUGUGAGGAGUGUGCUGCCGGGUUCUACAGGUUGUCAGUGAAAGCAGGUGGUCCAGCAUCCAGAGCCGGCAUUGGCAGCUGCGUGCGGUGUCAGUGUAACGGCCACAGCAACACCUGCGACCCUGAAACCUCCAUCUGCCAGAAUUGUCAGCACCACACAGAGGGGGAGAAGUGUGAAAGGUGUGUUGCGGGUUAUUACGGAAUCGUCCGUGGAUCUCCAGAAGACUGCAAACCCUGCGCCUGCCCCCUGACCAAUCCAGAAAACAAUUUUAGUCCGACCUGUGUAGCACAGGGUUUUGGAGAUUACCGCUGUACUGCGUGUCCUGUAGGCUACGAUGGAAAACACUGUGAAAGGUGUGCGGCCGGUUAUCACGGUGACCCGCGGAAAGUGGGCGGGAAGUGUGAGGAGUGUAAGUGUGAUGUGGUCGGCGCAUGGCCGGUUCCGUGUGACACACACACGGGGCAGUGCCAGUGCAGACCCGGAGCCACCGGACUGAAGUGUGACCACUGCAUGGAGAAGCAUGUGUGUGGACCUGCAGGCAUUGUGUCAUGUGAUGAUGACUGUGCAGGACUUCUUAUUAGAGAUAUGGAUAAGCUGCUGCGUUUGAUCACCAGCGCCAAUCUCACCCUGCCGCUGCCUCCGCCUUACAAAAUGCUGUACCGCUUCGAGAACAUGACCGAGGAACUCAAGCACAUGCUCUCACCACAGAGGGCGCCGGAGAGACUGCUGCAACUUGCCGAUAGCAACUUGGGUAGCCUGGUGACUGAGAUGGAUGAAUUACUAAGCAGGGCCACUAAAGUUUCAGCAGACGGAGAACAGACAGACGCCGAUGCCGAGAGGAGCCGAAAACGAGCAGAAGAGCUAGAGAUGUUCGUCAAGAACACUCUGCUGGCUGCUGAAGCUCUGCGGGAUAAGGCUCGUGAGCUGAAUGAGUCUCUAGGCCGGCGUGAUGGAGAACCUGAGAAGAGCGUCAAUGAAAUGCAGGAGGAGAUUAAAGCCAUGCUGGCAGAAAUCCGCAAACGCCAGCUGAACCCACACAAACACACCGCACAGGAGGAGCUCAGGGCGGCGGAGGCUUUGUUUGCGAAGGUGAAGCGCCUGUUUGGAGACCCUCACCAGGCCACGCAGGACCUGAGGGACGAGGUCGGGGGAAAGUUGGGGGAUUACAGGAAUAAACUGGAUGACGCUCAGGAGCUGCUGAAUCAGGCUCAAAACAAAACCAGACAGGCCGAGGCAGUGACCGCCAACAGCCAGCAGGGACUGGACAGUCUACAGAGAAAGAGAGAUGAGAACGGUAGAAGAAAGAAAGAGACACAGGGAAUACUGGAAGAUGGAGAGAAGCUACUGGAUGAAGCCAACGCACUGUCAGACAACAUCAAUCGUGGAGUAGAGGAGCUGGAGGAGAUGGAGCGUGAGCUGGGUCCUCUGCAUGAUCAGCUGGAUUAUAAAGUGGGCCGUUUAUCCAGAGGUCUGGAGGAUAACACACUGCCCGAUUUACUGCUGAGAGCUGAGGACCAUGCUGGCCAGCUUAAUGAAUCUGCGACCAUUCUGGACAACAUUCUGGCUGAGGCUAAGAAUCUCUCCUUCAAUGCCACGGCUGCAUUCAACGCCUACACCAACAUUAAAAACUUCAUUGAUGAAGCAGACAAAGCAGCCAGAGAAGCUAAAGCUACAGCUACGGAGGCUGUGCAGCUGGCCGCAGGUCCUAAAGGUCCUCUAAAAGACAACGCCAGAAGCUCGGUGCAGAAGAGCCAGCGCUUGUGGAACGAGGCUAAGGAUCUGGAGAAGGAUGUUAAAGAGAACGGAGACAAUCUGGGUGUUCUGCAGCUGCGGCUCAAAGGAGCAGACGCCAAGAACAAAGACCUGCUGAAGGGCCUGAACGAGACCCUGGAGAUACUCCGCGCCAUUCCCAAUGACACAGCUGCUAAAAUCCAGGCCACGAAGCAGAAAGCAGGGGAGGCCAACGACACGGCACUGGAGGUUCUGGCCCGGCUCAAAGACAUGAACCUCAACCUGAUGGGCCUCAAGAGGAACUACAGCAAACUGGAAGACGAUGUGAAAAAGGCCAACAACAUCAUCCAGGACCCGGAGAAAAACAUCCACGCAGCAGGUGCUAAAGUGAAGGACCUGGAGGAUGAAGCUGAUCGUCUCCUUGAGAAACUGAAGCCCAUUCAGCAGCUGCAGGACAACCUGCGUAAAAACAUCUCUCAGAUCAAAGAGCUGAUCAAUCAGGCCCGCAAACAAGCCAACUCUAUCAAAGUAUCCGUGUCAUCGGGAGGAGACUGCAUUCGUGCGUACCGGCCGGACAUUAAAAAGGGCCGCUAUAAUACCAUCAUCCUGAACGUGAAGACCGUCGCCGCCGACAACCUUCUCUUCUACCUCGGCUCCGCCCAAUAUGUGGAUUUCCUGGCACUGGAGAUGAGGAAGGGUAAGGUGAACUUCCUGUGGGACGUGGGGUCAGGGGUCGGCAGAGUGGAGUAUCCCGACCUCGUCAUUAAUGAUGGAAACUGGCACCGAAUCGAAGCUUCACGUGUGGGUCUGAACGGCAGUAUUUCGGUCCGAGCGCUGGAGGGACCCAAGGCGGGCAUCAUGCCCACCUGGCACAGUGCCAACGGCCCCGAGAGCUUCACAGUGCUGGAUGUGGAUCAGAACGCCUACCUGUUCGUAGGAGGAAUGCUGGGGAGUAUAAAGAAAGCAGAUGCGGUGAAGACGAUCACAUUCUCAGGCUGCAUGGGGGAGACGUUUUUGGAUGGUAAACCCAUCGGCCUCUGGAACUACAGAGAGAGAGAAGGAGACUGUAAAGGAUGUGUGGUCAGCCCACAGCCUGCAGACUCUGAGGGUACAGUGCAGUUUGAUGGUGAAGGUUAUGCUGCUGUCAGUCGUCCCACCAGGUGGAACCCCAAUGUUUCCACAGUGAUGUUUAAGUUCCGCACCUUUUCCACCAGUGCCCUGAUGAUGUACCUUGCCACCAAGGACAUGAAGGACUUUAUGAGUAUUGAGCUGAGUGAUGGUCGAGUUAAGGUCAGUUAUGACCUGGGUUCCGGUACCGGCUCGGUCAUCAGCGAUAAACGCCAUAACGACGGCAAAUGGAAGUCCCUCACCAUGUCUCGCAGCAAGAAAGAAGGUACAGUGACCAUUCUGGAUAUGGACUCGAAUGUGGAGGAGAAGCUCUUCAUCGAUUCUCAGGGUGGAGCUACUGGCCUCAACCUGAAGGAAGAUGACAGAAUUUACUUGGGAGGAUUACCCACUUUUGGAAACUACAGGCCUGAGGUGACUAUGAAGAGGUACGCUGGCUGUCUGAAAGAUAUAGAAGUUUCCAGAACUCCUUACAACCUGCUGAGCAGCUCUGACUACACCGGGCUGACCAAAGGAUGCUCCAUUGAGAACCUGCACACAGUGAGUUUCCCCAAGCCAGGUUACAUGGAGUUGAGUCCGAUGGUGUUUGAUGCUGGCUCUGAGAUCACGCUGUCCUUCAGCACUAAGAGCGAGAACGGAAUCAUCCUGUUCGGCCGGGGCGGGGUCACCGCCAUGACCCAAAUCAGCCAGAGCCAAAACCUCUUCCAGACCCCACGCCGUGGACGCAGACAGACCGGCGAGCCUUAUAUCUCAGUGCAGUUGACUAAAGGUUCUCUGGAGGUUCUGGUCUUUACUGGCAGUAGAAACCCACGACGGGCCCUCAGAAAACCAGAAGACGGAAUUUUACACGAUGGUCGAGAGCACUCACUACGCAUCCGUAGACACAGAGGAGGGUCUUUUUCAGUGCAGGUAGAUGAGGAGCCGCGAUUGGAGCAGGCUUUGCCCAGCGAUCAGUCGAUCAUCCUCCACAGACUGUUUAUAGGUGGAGUUCCUGAUGAUGUACAGAACGGCCUGCAGCGACCCAGCAUGCCAUUCGAAGGCUGUAUCUGGAACCUGCUGAUCAAUACAGUACCAGUGGACUUCUCCCAGCCAGUGGCUUUCGAGAAUGCUGAAAUCGGACAGUGUCCCGACGUAGCUCGGCCCCCUCCACCACCCGCGAAAGAAGAAGAAGAGGAAGAAGAGGAGGAAGAAGAAGAAGUGGUCCCACCCAAACCAGAGACCCCUCCCACAGCGGCAGCAAAACCGCCACCUCCACCUUCCACUGCCCCGCCCCCUGCUGAGGUCAUCACCAUUCCUGAGCCUCCUGUCCAUGUCUCUUGUGCAGCAGAGGCGGAGCCUGAAGUCCUGGAGUUAGCAAAGCAGUUUGGCCUAUCCAGAAAUAGUCACAUGGCUUUCGAGUUUGAUGACAGGAAGGUCAAAAACAGUCUGGUGAUUGAGUUUGACCUGCGAACAGAAGCGGACUCAGGGCUGGUGUUUUACAUGGCGAGAAUAAACCACGCUGACUUUGCCACCAUUCAGGUGAAGGAGGGCAUGGCGCAUCUAAGCUAUGAUCUCGGCAGCGGGAACACAUCCGUCAGCGUCCCCCGCAUCAUCAACGACGGCCAGUGGCACAAGAUUCGAGUGCGCAGGGAUAAGCAGAGAGGAAUUCUGACGGUGGACAAUCGAUACUCCAAACACACAGUCAGCCCGAAGAAAGCUGAUAUUCUGGAUGUAGUCGGAAUGCUUUACGUGGGAGGACUUCCACUCAACUACACCACCAAGCGCAUUGGACCGGUUGUUUACAGCAUCAAUGGCUGCAUCAAGAACUUCCGAAUGCUGAAUGUGGACAUGGAGAAUCCCACCUCCAGCUACAGGGUGGGCUCCUGCUUUGUUAACCCACAGCCUGGCUCUUAUUUUGAUGGAACUGGAUACGCCAAAGCAGUGGCCACAUACCGCGUGGGUAAUGACGUGUCUGUGGAUUUGGAGUUCCGUACGAGCACCAGCAGCGGAGUCCUACUGGGCAUCAGCAGCCAGAAGAUGGACGGCCUCGGAAUAGAACUAGUGAACGGAAAGCUCCUCUUCCAUGCUGAUAACGGAGGGGGGCGGGUCACUGCUGUGUACCAGCCCCCAGAGGAGGCGGGACUGUGUGACGGUCAGUGGCAUUCUGUCACCGCCCACAAGCUGAAACACCGCGUGGAGCUGAUUGUAGACGGGGUUAAGUCUGAGGCAGCAGGGCCGGACCCUCGCUCAGCAACCGCCGACACCAACGACCCCAUCUAUGUUGGAGGAUACCCAGAGGGUCUGAAGCAGUUUGGCCUGACCAUCAACACUCCAUUUAAAGGCUGUAUGAGGAACCUGAAGCUGACUAAAGCAGGGAAAGUGCUGGAACUUCAGCUGAACAAAGCUCUGGAUAUUAAAGGAGUGCAGCCUCUCACCUGCCCUGGUGCUUAGACAUAAAAAACACACACACACACAGUCAAACACACACACAUAUAAACUGUAUACACUCUAAACAAAGGCGGUUAUUUCUUAAAGAAUUUUAGGGUAAAGAGAUUAGUUUUAAUCAAAAAGGACCAUUAAAACGAGAAAAGAGUAAUUCAAAAACAGGGUUUAAAUAUUUCUUUGCCUUGAUAAGUGGUUGUUAUAGGUUGUGAGAAGCCAAAGAUCCCUUUUUCAGUACUAUAUCAUAAGAAUCCUUUUUGCUUAGAGUGUACCAGUUUAAGACAAAUAGAUCCUUUGAAUCUGAAUAAAGUCAAAUUGAGUCAAAAGCAGAAUCAAAUCACAUAAAGCUCUACCAAAGAAUCAAUAUAAGCAACAAAUACACAAAGAAACCAAACCAAAAUGAGCCAAAGAUCCAAUACAGGUUCCUUCUGAAAGAGUGAAUCACUCAAUCAUUCACAGAGGGUUAUAGACGAAUCAGCCGAACUGAAGCCAAAACUGGGGCCAAAAAUAAAUCAAUAGACACCAGUAAAAAACAUGGUUUAUUAAUAAAACCAGCAUGUAACAAUCCAAAAAGGCACCAACUUAACAAACCAGUUCAACUAAAAUCAACGAAAAUCAAAUACAAUAUAGUGGCCACAGUGAUCAUUAUCACCAAUUAAAUAACACCUCCAGUCUGGCUUCUGUUCUUCUGCUGGUCCUAGUAAAGAAAGAAAGGCACUUAAAAUAAGUAUAAAAUGAGCCUCAUCAAGACUGUGGCUUACAAUAGAGCCGGUCCCCCAUCUUGGUGAUGCACUACAAAGUUAAUGUCGACUCCACCUGCGUUUUAAAUCAGUGUUAUGUGAUGUAAUGUGAGAAAAAAGCUCCAGCAGGCUGAGACAGAGGUUUUAGACCAAUGAAAACAGCCGUUUGUGAAGUCCAGAGUUUGUCGUGGACUAGAUGUAUGGAAGUAUUGUGAUUAUGUAAACAUGGAGGACUGAUGUAUGAGUGCUGUUUGGUCCUGUUUUUAUAUUUUUAACAUGCCUCACACCAUCACACCAAAAUCCCUAUAGGCAAAUCUGUUGUUUACUGGGCAGCCAUCUUUCCCACGCCAUCAGGACUUAUUUAAAGUCCCACAAAACUGGACUCUGAUCUUUGUGAAUGGGGGCCGCAAAAAGUCAAGUGUUAAAUUGAAAAAAAAAACGUUGAUUUUAACUCUUUCCCAGGGUUUAUAUAGCUAAACAGUUUCAGAAUAGUUAACCAUUUAACACCUUGCCAAAGUUUAAAAAAAAAAACUUUAAAACUCACAUUUGUAUUUGUUUAACUGUCAAAACUGUUACACCAACGCUGAAGAGAGUUUUAAAAAUACAUUAAAAGAAGAUUAUUCAGUUGAUAUGACUGUCUAUCAUUGAGUUAUUAUUCAGGAGAGAUUAGCUUGUGUUUUUGGUUCCUAACACAGGAUAAAACAUCCCUGCUUACGUCCUGCCAGUGUAUUUUUCCAUUUAAUAAGAACUUUAAUCCUGCAUUGCAGUUCUCAGUGCAUUACCAACACUUUUUCACAAUUUACAGAACAGAAGAUGGUAAGUUAAAUUAAAUUGGGUGCAGUUAAAUUAAAUCUCUGUGGAGUUGGGCAGUAUUUAUUGGGUUUAUUUGAGUUAACACUGAAACAUUAAACUCUGUCAAAUAACUCCAACACUGAACACCAUUUAAAUCUGAAUGAGUUAAAAUGACACUUUGGGAGUUUUUGCUGUGGAGAGACCAGAUACUUAAAACCAAGUCUCAAAUUAUAAAUCACAUGUAAUAUUAUUAAUCAUUUAAAUGUAGUUAUACUGUCCCUCGACUCACUCAAUACAUUUCAUCUGGGCUAAUUAAUACAGUGAUGGAAGCACUUGGGGAAAACUGGAAGAUUAAGGCUUGUUAAAAUAAUUAAAACAGACCAUUUCUAAAAAAAAAAAUGCUAAUUAUAAAAAGGCUAAUAAAACAAAAGCCAGCUAGUAGCCAGCCUACAGUGAUCACUUGGAAUAUUCCUUUAUCCCUAUCAGUAGCUUUACAUCUGCCCCAUUGUCUAAAGCAACAGUAUUGUGUAUCGCUGCAUGGAGUGUGAGCUGAUGAUUUUAUACAGUGUACCCAACAGUGUUUUAAAUAAACUUUCCCCAUUUGCACAACA